AUGGAUGAUGAUGCUCCAAAGCAGAUUAGUAAGAGGAAUGGUUCAAACAUCAAGAACUACAAUCAUUAUCGCGUUGAAAUAUUUUGUCAGGUCGUCGACUUACUUACACAAGAGAUGGAAAAUCGUUUCUCUGAGGCAUCCACAGACUUGCUAAGUUGUAUGGCAUGCCUCGAUCCAAAAAAUAAUUUCGCUGCUUUUAAUGUUCAUAAGCUUGUUCAUCUUGCUACACUUUACCCAAAGGACUUCACAUCGACUCAACAUACUGAAUUGUUUAAACAACUUGAAACUUUUGUUGAUGUUGUGAGAAGAGAUGCACGAUUGAAUGGUAUUGAAGAUUUGGCUAGCCUAUCUCAGAAGAUUGUUGAAACCAAGAAAGAUAAAGUUUUUCCGUUGGUUUAUCGUCUGAUUGAGUUGGUAUUGAUCUUACCUGUAGCGACUGCAUCUGUUGAAAGAGUAUUUUUAGCAAUGAAAUUUGUCAAGACUGACUUGUGGAAUAGGAUGGGAGAUGAGUGGUUGAAUGACAGUUUGGUAGUAUACAAUGAAAGAUCCAUCUUUGCUAGUGUUUCUAAUGAAAGAAUCUUGAAAUGUUUUCAAGAUAUGGAUACCCGUAGAAAUCAGUUGUCUCGGUUAACAGAUGCUAGAGCUACUUGA